AUGGAGCUCAGAGCUUCGGCGAAGUGUUCGGCUGCGGCAAAGGCGUGCCUUGUGGCCGGGAGGUACGCCGGCGUGACUCUCGCGGAAGUUGUGGACGACACCGCCGCCGACGUUGUUCUGCGGCUGGGUGGCGAUGCGGGAGAUGUGCAGGGGGCCGAGGCUGUGCUGAGGCACAUCGGUGGGCUGAACCCUUCCGCCCUCCUUGCGGGAGACGGAGAUGCCGAGAGGAGCCUCGUCGACGAAUGGCUCAAGUUCGCUUCGACCAUGCAGGCCGGCGAUGUGUCUGCCGCGACGGCUGCUUUGGAAAAACGCCUCGAACAGAACACGUUUCUGGCCGGACAGCGGGUCACGCUCGCCGACGUGGCCGUGUGCUGCAAGAUGAUCGGUCACGCCGAGGGACUGACCCCGGCGGUUGCGCGGUGGAUGGGUACCUGCGUGAACCAGCCGCAUUUCAAGGCCGUCGUGGACGGUAGCUCCGCGGCGACCCCGCCGUCCGCGGAGGCUGCGAGCAGCACCACCACCACCCCCGUGUUCUCCGAGCCGAAGCUCUUGGACGGCUUCGAGGAGGGCAACAAGUCUUUGGACAAGCUGAAGGAGCUGGGGAUCGAGGGGGCGCUGUUCGAGCACCACAGGGCCAUGACGGUGCCGGAGCAGGAGAUGGCUCUGCGAGGCGUCAGCGGGGACAAGACCAAGAAUUUGUUCCUCAAGGAUAAGAAGGCAGGUCUCAUCCUGGUAACGGUGAGACACGACCGCCCCACCGACAUGAAGACCCUUGCCAAGCUUCUCGGCUUCCCCGGAAAGGUUUCCCUCCGUUUCGCCGACGCGGCUACCCUCGACUCAGUUCUCGGGGUGGUCCAAGGAGCCGUUAGUCCCCUCGCCGUGGUGAACGACGUCGAGGGAGUGGCCAGGCUUGCGAUGGACAAGUCGGUCAUGGAGGCGGAGGAGGUGCUGGUGCACCCCCUCAGGAACGACCGGAGCGUGCGCAUCAAGGCGGCCGAUCUCGUCAAGUACGUGACUGCCUGCGGACACGCGCCUACGGUGCUGGACUUUUCCGCGGUCAAGGAGGCUCCCGCAGACCCCGAAAGCGUCCGGAACGCGGCCGCGGUCAAGAUUGACCCUAACGCCGCUAAGAAGUCGGUGGCCAAGGCCAAGCAGGCGGCCAAGAAGGUCAAGCACGAGCGCAGCGACCCCAACAGCAAGGCGGGCAUGAAGAAGGAGACGCUCCUGGCCAUCACCGCGAGCAAGUUCGACGACUUCCCCACCUGGUACAGAGAGGUGAUCACGCUGUCGGAGAUGAUCGACUACUACGACAUCUCCGGCUGCUACAUCCUCCGUCCCUGGGCGUACCAGAUGUGGGAAGCGAUCCAGCAGUGGAUGGACAAGGAGAUCAAGGAGCUCGAUGUCCAGAACUCGUACUUCCCCCUGUUCGUUUCGAAGAAAGCGCUGGAGGCGGAAAAGGCGCACGUCGAAGGCUUCGCCGCGGAGGUGGCGUGGGUAACCAAGAGCGGAGAGGAUGAUCUCGAGGAGCCGAUCGCGGUCCGCCCCACCUCGGAGACCAUUAUGUACCCCGCCUUCUCCAGGUGGAUCAGGAGUCAUCGGGACCUGCCGCUCAAGCUCAACCAGUGGAGCAACGUUGUCAGAUGGGAGUUCAAGAACCCCACCCCCUUUCUGCGCACGAGGGAAUUCCUGUGGCAGGAGGGGCACACGGCGCACGCCAGCUUCGAGGACGCGGACAAGAUGGUGAUCCAGGCGUUGGAGUUGUACCGCAGGGUGUACGAGGAGCUGCUGGCGGUCCCGGUUAUCAUGGGCACGAAGACCGAAGCGGAGAAGUUUGCGGGGGGGCACAAGACCACGACGGUGGAGGCGUACAUCUCGGGCACCGGCAGGGCCAUCCAGGGGGCCACCAGUCACCAUCUCGGACAGAACUUCGGCAAGAUGUUCAAGAUCCAGUACGAGGACGAGAACGGGGAGCAGGCAAUCCCGUGGCAGACAAGCUGGGGCCUCACCACAAGGACUCUGGGUGUGUGCGUCAUGUGCCACGGGGACGACCAGGGCCUGGUGCUGCCUCCGAGGGUGGCUCCCCUGCAGGCUGUCAUCAUCCCCAUCGUUACCAAGAAGGUGAAGCUGGAGACGAUCGUUGAGUUCGCAGACCCCAUCGUGAAGAGCCUCAAGGCUGCCGGCGUGCGAGUCAAGUUUGACGACAGGAUUAACUACACCGCCGGCUGGAAGUACAACCACUGGGAGCAGAAGGGGGUGCCCAUUCGGCUGGAGGUGGGGCCCCGCGACAUCGAGAGCAAGCAGACGGUGAUGGCGAGAAGGGACACGGGGGAGAAGAUCACGGUGCCCGAGGACGAGAUCACGUCCAAGGUGGUGGAACUCCUCGAGACCAUCCAGGCUAACCUUUUGGCUAGGCUGACCGCAGAACGCGACGACCACUUCACGCGCGUCACCGAGUGGGAGGACUUCGUCCCGGCGCUAAACAGGAACGACAUCGUGCUGACCCCGUUCUGCAACGAGACCGAGUGGGAGGAGAAGGUGAAGACUCUGUCCCGCGCCGAGGCUCUGAAGGAAGGCGAGGUGGAGCUGGCGACAACGGCAACUUCGGUUGCGGCGAAGACCCUCUGCAUUCCCCACGACCAGCCGGAUCUCCCCGAGGGCACCCCGUGCUUCAUCAGCGGAAAGCCCGCCACGUGCUGGGUGCUGUGGGGGCGGAGCUACUGAGAAAGUUUUUGCCUCAUUCUCCUUCUUUCAUUUUCCGGCCCAGGGGUGUUCACAGUUGGGGUUGAACCGGUGUUGUCGGUGCCCCCCAGGACGUGUCGAUGGCGGUGGGCGUGGGAUAGCUGUGGACGGAGGAAGCUUGGAACUGCUCGUGUAACUGUGUAGCUGAUGCCCGCAUUGACCGGGUUGGGUGGA